UCUCUCUCUCUCUCUCUCUCUGGUUCUCUUGUCUUCUACUUCCGCCAUGGUCUCUUUGCCUCAUGCAUCCUUUUGGGCCAGGGGAUUUCUGCUGCUGCUCCUCUCAUGACGCGGUUUUAUAAAGGUGAAGUAUGACCAUUACAGCUGAUACGCAGUUGGGCAUUCAAUAUCUUUGAUCUCGAACUUCCUAGGAAAGGAAGAGCUAGGUUUGGGACCUUGAAUUCUGAUUAAUCAGGUUUUGGUUGUGACCACAAUGCAAACAACUAUAUGCUUCACGAACCAUGGAGGAGUUGGCCAGUUUUCGGUUCCUCAGCCACCCCAGGCUACGCCACUUCCUUGGUGGAUCGGAUCCCAAUCGCUCUUCGAGGGCCACUCCAACGGUGAGGACCAGCUACCAGCUGCAUCCCGACAACUGCAUCAUGCAGUAGUCCCAAGGGUUGGACCAGGGCCAGCAGUCACAGAGGAAAAAGACCACAAUGUCUCAAUAAAAGAACAAAAAUCUCAACAACAGUCUGCAGUCAUCUCUCUUAUGCCAUCAUUUCCUGAACAUUCAGGUCAUGUUGAACUUGAACUUGGUCAUUCCAUGGUUUAUCCUAAUUACUCCUAUGGUGACCAAUGCUAUGGCCUAUAUGCAACUUAUGGACCUCAAUCAAUGCAUGGGAGAAUGCUCUUGCCAAUGAAUAUGACAGCUGAUGGACCAAUUUAUGUGAAUGCAAAGCAGUUCCAUGGUAUCCUUCGUCGAAGACAGGCUCGUGCCAAGGCUGAAAGACAAAACAAGUUGAGCAAAGUUAGGAAGCCCUAUCUACAUGAGUCACGUCAUCUUCAUGCAAUGAGACGAGCAAGGGGCAGUGGUGGUCGAUUUCUGAACACAAAGAAGGAAAGCAGUGGACAAGUAAUGAAUUAUGGCAGUAAAGUGAAAGAUUCAGCACCUCAUCAUCCUACCGAAUCUCCAAGCUCUGAUAUAAUGAAAUCUGAUAGCGGAAAUCUGAAUUCAUCUAGCGGUGGGUCAAGCGUUUCAGGAUCAGAGGCGACAAGCGUGUGCACGCACAAAAAUCACAAUAACUUCCAUGUCAUUGAGCAUCUUCGCUCGUCUUUCUUUCGCCCUCUCUCAAGUAUGAUUGAUGGAGAGCAAGGAGCGGCCGGUAUGUCUAAUCAGUGGGUCUCAGCAGCUGAUGGCUGCUGUGACCUUCUCAAGGUCUGAGGAAAGAGAUACCGAGGAGGGGUGGAUGCAAGUUGUGUUCAUUUGACUUUACACCCCUCCAAAACUUCACACAGCCAGAUGGAAAAGCUGAUCACUGCCCAUUUGGUUGUUCUCUGAAGGCAAAUCAUUCUUGGCUUAUCUGCAUGGCUAUCAGUGUCCUUGUUCCACAGUUCCUGGACUGCACCAGUUUCAGGACUGUUAGGAUGACUGAAGCUUCAUGCACUAUGGAAACCAUGACAGGGCUCUGUUCCUGUUAGUAGGGCUGCUACAUCAGAAUAAGGAUUUGACUGUUGAUUAAGUCCAUAGUUUGAGGUAUGUUGUUGAAGAUAGUAUUCAUGUAUGAUGUGUUGCUUGACUGGUGUUUGCAAACUUUUGAUGGUUGCCAUUGUUAAGAUUGUCAGUUGUGGUGUGAUCUAUUUGCAACUUUAUAUGUAUAUUUGUUUCAUGUUUCUGUUU